CAUGGCGUCUACUUCUGUAUUUUCGAGAGUGCGAGCUGGAUCAAAAAUCGGGGCUCAAUAUGACCAAGAAGGCAACCUUAUUCAGGUGGAGACGCGAGAGGAUGAGGAACAGAGCGUCAAGCUGGCAGAGAUACUGGAGCUGCUUCUGGCUGCGGGAUACUUCAGGGCUCGGAUCAAGGGACUGUCGCCUUUCGACAAGGUGGUCGGGGGCAUGACCUGGUGCAUCACGACGUGCAACUUUGACAUCGAUGUGGAUCUCCUUUUCCAAGAGAACUCCACAAUCGGUCAGAAGAUAGCCCUUACUGAGAAGAUUGUGUCAGUCUUGCCAAAAAUGAAGUGCCCCCACCGCCUGGAACCCCAUCAGAUCCAGGGUCUGGAUUUCAUCCACAUCUUCCCUGUCGUGCAGUGGCUGGUGAAGCGUGCCAUUGAGACCAGGGAAGAAAUGGGGGACUAUAUUCGCUCCUACUCCAUGGCACAAUUCCAGAAGACCCACAGUACUCCAGAGGAUGACGAAUUUCUGCAGAGAAAGGAGAAAGCCAUAGGGACUGUCAUGGAGGUGGCUGAUGUUUACAAACCCCAAAGGAAGUACAAGCGACAGGCGGAUGCGGGGGAGCUGGUGGAUGAGGAGUCGAGAGUUCACUCCACGCUGCUGGAGUAUGGAAGACGUUAUGGAUUCAGCAAACAGUCCAAGCAAGACAAAGUAGAGGACAGGAAGUUGUCUCUGACCCCAGGUCUGCCCCAUGGGAUGACGGAGGUUUCAGAGGAGGAGGACCUGCAGGCUGCUGAAGAGCUUCGCAUUAAAACUCUUAUGACUGGCAUGGCUGCCAUGGCAACGGAGGAGGGGAGAUUGACAGCUAGCACAGUGGGCCACAUUGUGGGGCUACAGUCAGAGGAGAUCAAGCAGAUUGCAUCUGAGUAUGCUGAGAAGACAGAGCGGUCGGCAGAGGAUCGGUCUGAGCGCUACGGCCCUGCCCAGCAGCACCGCAGGCAGGUGGCGUCCCUCAACAAACAGAUCCAGCAAAAGACCAAGCAGCUGGAGGAGCUGCAAGCUAAACAUUUGGAGAUUCAGUCUGCGUGUGAAGAAGCAAAGAGCAAGUUGCUUGAGGCUAGUGAGCUAUCGGAGAGGCUGGAGAGGGAGCUAGGGGCCCUGGAGGAAGUGGAGGCCCAGGCUGAUUCCAGCAUCCUGGAGAAGCUGAGGGCUCUGGUGGCCAUGAACGAGAACCUGAAAAAUCAGGAGCAGGAGUUCCGCACACACUGCAGGGAGGAGAUGGUCCGCCUGCAGCAGGGCAUCGAGAGCCUGAAGAUGGAGGCCGGGGAAGACGCCCAGGAUGAGAAGGAGCGGAACCAGCUUAUAGAGAAGCAGUACAAGACAGACAGGGACAAGCUGCAGAAGAUCAGACUGCUGCUGGCCCGAAGGAACAGGGAAAUUGCUAUCCUACAGAGGAAGAUUGAUGAAGUGCCAAGCCGCGCAGAGCUAACCCAGUAUCAGAAGAGAUUUAUUGAGCUCUACGGGCAAGUUUCUGCAACCCACAAGGAGACCAAGCAGUUUUUCACCCUGUACAACACACUAGAUGACAAGAAGGUUUUCCUCGAAAAGGAGGUGAACUUGCUGAACUCCAUUCAUGACAACUUCCAACAAGCCAUGGCAUCUUCAGGAGCCAAAGAACAGUUCCUGAGACAGAUGGAACAGAUAGUGGAGGGAAUCAAACAGAAUAGAAUUAAGAUGGAGAAGAAGAAGCAGGAGAACAAGAUGAGGAGAGACCAGCUGAACGAUGAGUACCUGGAGCUGCUGGAGAAGCAGCGGCUCUACUUCAAGACCGUUAAGGACUUCAAAGAGGAGUGCCGGAAGAACGAAAUUCUGCUCUCAAAGUUGCGAACGAAGGGUGCUUCCUAGCUGUCAUCACCACAAGAAGCUGCCGGAAUUGAAAUUGAUUUUUUUUUUUCCUUUUCCAAAACACUUGAAACACACUUAUAAACGCCCUUAUAUCUGCUAACAAUCUACUGAGCACCACUAUGCAUUCUCCCGUUGCUUUGGAAACCAGAUUGCACAGAAUAUUUAGCUUCACCUUGUGUCACUCAUAACCCCCCCCCCCCCCCCUCGUAUUUUUUUUUCCUC